GUUUGGUCAGAGAGGCACGCCGCGGGUUCAUUCGUCAGCGCAUCCCACACACCCGACCUUCUUCCACUUUGCCUUCCAGUUCCAUUCCGCGUUCCAUCAUCGAGAACUUCCCGUCCCGCCUUGCUCGUGAAUAAUUGCCCGUGUCGCAAGAGAUUACCGUAGGUUCUGCCGAUUUCGACUUGUCUCCAACAAGUUCACAAGGAACAGAAUCGACUGCCUUGCGACGAUUUUGGUCUAGCCAUACCUACCUACCUACGUACCUCUACUACCGCUUUUACCACACAUUCCCUAGGUUAUUUACAGGCCCUUUCGCACCGUGAUAGCGCAGUACACUGUUCGUUACUGUUUGCCUCGAUUUGUCAACCGGAGCCUCCGAAACGCCUCUUUAAACUGCCCUCUGACAUCCAGCAUAACAAUCGGCGAUAGCCCCUCCACUUGCCCUCCUGUCUCUCCCAGCCUCAGCGACAAACAUUUUCCUCACCACCAUUUCUGCCACUGGCUUGUCGAGCUUCCUUUCGCACUAAACACCAACAGCAAUUAAUCUAAUCACCAUGGCGCUUCCGAAGCGGAUUGUCAAAGAGACCGAAAGGCUGAUGGCGGAGCCUGUCCCGGGUAUUAGUGCUGUUCCCCACGAAGACAACCUUCGCUAUUUCGACGUCGAGAUCCACGGCCCUUCGCAAUCGCCAUAUGAGGGUGGUGUCUUCAAGCUCGAACUCUUCCUUCCCGAUGACUAUCCCAUGACCCCUCCCAAGAUCCGCUUCCUUACCAAGAUCUACCACCCCAACGUCGACAAGCUGGGUCGCAUCUGCCUCGACGUCCUCAAGAACAACUGGUCCCCCGCCCUCCAAAUCCGCACCAUCCUCCUCUCCAUCCAAGCCCUCCUAGGCGCCCCCAACCCCGACGACCCGCUCGCCCCCGACGUGGCCAAGACCUGGAAGGAGAACCCCAGCGUUGCCGUCGCCACCGCCCGGGAAUGGACACAGCAGUACGCCUUGCCAUCCCAGUAGGGUCGGAGGCUGGCACCAGGAAUCAACGAAAUCCCGGGACAGGGCCUCAUGGCUCACGCGCCGACAUAUGACCCUUAUGGAGGAAACUUUGACCCAUAUCGGUUUGGGCCUUAGGACGGCAAUUGACAGGAGCAGCUGGUUGUUCUGGUCUUGAAGCAGAGAUGAAUCACCAAGGCCAGCAAGUGGCUGUGGCAAAAUAACAGAGAGGAUCAUAAAGGGAAAGCAGUGGAAGAAGUUGGUCUAGGUGUUUGUGUGAAGCACGGCGCUGGUGGUGUAUCAUGCACCCACCUAGGGUGCAUACGGAACGCACAAAGAGAAAGCCCGUGAGAGGGGAAUGAGGAAGGGAAGGCUACACGAGAUAAGGAGAGACAACGAAUACUGGAUCGAUGGACGAGGAAGGGGCACGUAUGAUGGGUUGAGUGAAGGAUGCCAUGGUGGAUGCAACAGCGCCACGCGGCGCCAAGGCAGACACCAGAAGGAGGAGUUUUCGAACAUAGAGAACAUCCUUUCGAAGCGUUGUGUUUUCAGGUGUUGUUUUUUUCGCAGCGAUAGAGUACCGGGUAGGGCUGUUCAAAUACUACUUACAUAUCUUGCAACAUGA